UACGCCUCUCUGGAAACCACAGCCUGCGGUCCUGUCCUUCCUUAUUUAUUAAAGACUCCACACCCUCCUUUAUGCUUCCUGUCUUGCUCAGGUACCUUGUUUAAAGGCAGCCCUGAAAUGCCGCUGAGUAGGACAGGACCGGGUUAUCCUCAACAUUAACCUACCCUGUUUGGCAGAAAAAGGAACGUUUACGGGAUGAUGCCUUCACCGUGGGCUACGAUUUUGCUGUACCUAACAGUCCUCUCCUCUGCAACUGGUUACAAGCAUCCCCUUCCAGAUCAAUCCUUUUUGACUGAUCCCCAUAAUAGAGAAGAAUAUAGCAGUCCUCCUCUAGUGUUCGAAUGGAAAACACAAGACAAAUCAGAUAAAACACUCCUUACUUUAAUCCGCAUGGUAAGAGAAAUUUCAGAUAAAAAAAAAGCUGAAUCUCAGCCAGAUAAGAAGUUCCCUUCAAAGACUGAAAAGGUCACAAAAUCCCCAUUGGAAAAGUCUCCAGGGGUCUCCCCGCUUAUUGUGUUGCCAUCCCAAACUCCAUAUAAGAAACCUCCCGUCAUGGAGCAACUUGAUGAUGAAGAAGAAGAUGAAACCACACCAUCAAGCGAACUAAAUCACACUUCGACAAAAGUAAAACUCAUUGGAGCUGAAACAACACAAACAGACAAAUCGCCCACUGCAGCAAUAAAAACAAUAUCCACACAAACGACAUUAAAAAGCACUCAAGAACAACUUUCUACACAAAGUCCCACCAAAUCUGAAGAUUUGCCUGUUUUUACAAAGAAUACGGUUAAUGAAGCCACCACAUCUGGUCCAAUUCAUUCAACAAUUAAUAAAGUUCUAAGCAGUAUACCUGAUAGUACCAGUAAAAAAGUGGAGGAAAAAAAUACAGAAACUAUAACAUCAAAAAUACCUACUGACACACCACCCAAACCCAUAUUGACAUCAGCUGAGCCAACUACACAUGGAAAAACAACCGGGUUGAUCCCAGAUUCUUCCACAACACCUGUACCAGUAACACACACAUCCACCAUUUCAGAAGAUAAAAUAUCUACCCAGUCGCUAAUGAAACAGUGUAUGCUCACUAUACUUAUUCUUGCUGUUGUGUGCACAAUCUUUAUUAUAACUACCAUUGCACUUGCAGCCAAACUUUCCACUAUGAGACAAAGACAGAAACUGCGUCAUCCAGCCACCUAUACAGAAAUGAGAUGUAUCUCUUCUCUACUGCCAGACAAUGACCAACAGAGCAAAGUGAAACCCAAAAGACUGAGAACAUUUGCCGCUCCAGAAGAAAGCGAUGGCGACAACACCACAUUGAAUAGCUUUUUGCCUGAUCACUAGUGCAAAAAAAAUCUUGUUAACUUCUCACGAGUAUAAUGCUAUGUUCACACCAGCGUGAUUGGGAACAACAUCAAAACUUUACUACAAUAUCCUCUUUCAUUUACAAACUUUUGGAGCAUAUUAACAAUAGUUCAAAAUAUAUCACUUAUCUGGAUUUAUUGAAGAGAGAAAGGAAAAAAAAGUAGACCUGAUUUUUGGCACUCAUUGGCUCAAUAUGAGUCACAUGUAACAUGUGUGAACUUGUCUGGUUGUGAAACUUCAAUUCUAAACUGAAAUAUACUUUUCCUUACACAUCUCAUAAAAAGAAGAUGUUAUUUUUCA